AUGCGUCUCUCCAUUUUUAAGCCUUUGAUUCUGGCUCAUCUUUUCAGUCUGGGCAUUGCCCAAACACCAGACUCAACAGACCCAGCUACAACUGCAGAGAGCAUCGCCAUUCCCCCGACAGCUUCACCAUCUGGUGCUGAGGAUGCCACCAGCGACAGCACGGCUCAGCCGACAUCUGCACCUGGAGGAGGAGGAGGGUCAAGUAACUCCUCACUUGGUCCUCCCGACGUUCAUCUCAAAGUCCCAGAACUCUCUGUUGGCCGCAUUGAGCUAGACGUCGACAAUCUGCAUGCAGACAUCAACCUCAACGCUGAUAUUGCGAAGCUUGUUCAGAUCAACGCCGGCAUCCAAGUCGGCAUUGACAAAGUCAACAUCACAAUUGCGGAUGUAGAGGCUGAACUUGAGCUCGUGGUUCGCCUGGGCCAUUUGGUCGAGAUUGUCAACCGCACUCUGGCUUCUCUCGAUCUGAACCCGGCUCUCAUCAAUUUGCUCGACUCCGUCGGCGACAUUGUCGAAGGCGUCAUCGGCGCUGUGGAUGGUCUACUUGGAUCUAUCACCCAGGGCGACACGAAACUCAAUUUCCUCAUUGACAACCUUGGAAACAUCGUGCAAGAAGUCACAAAAACGGGCAGCGAUGUUGUCAGCUCGAUUAUCGGAAACUACAAGCAAAAUAUGACCUUCACUGGCGAUGAGAAGACUUUGCAAAAUGGUCUCACGCAGAGGACAUACGAGUACAAGGAGCUCAGUGCUCUUGUAAACAUUGUAUUUAACAAAGCUGGUCAAAUUGUUCAGGCCAUGGUUGUCAAAGGUGGCGGUAGUGGUUCCGGAGACGAUGAUGAGCCCAGUGGCAGUGCAACUGCGUCGCAAACAGCAACGGCUGCUCCCAGCCAAGCUACGACAACAUCAUCUGCUUAA